ACCAAAUUCUUAAUAGUGUGAUGAAUCUAAAAUCUAAAUUUGAAAAGGGAAAAUGAUAAGUGGGAAAAACGAAAGAGUAGCAUAUCUAAUCUAGCUUUCUUUUAUAUUUAAAAUUGAAGGGUGUAUGUGGUAAUUUCAGACGUGGAAACAGACUACAGAUGAUGCUUGCUCCUUAUCCUAUCUCCACAUUCCGACCAACACCCGUUCGCUGCGCCAACGACCGCCAGGCGCUUUUUAGCCGCAUUGCUCCUGUCUAUGAUAACUUGAAUGAUUUGUUGAGCUUGGGUCAGCACCGUAUUUGGAAGCGAAUGUCAGUUUCUUGGUCUCGUGCAAAACUGGGAGACCGUGUGUUGGAUGUGUGCUGUGGAAGUGGUGAUUUAGCAUUUCUCUUAUCUAAUAAAGUUGGUUCCGAUGGCAAGGUGAUUGGUCUUGAUUUUUCAAAGGAGCAGCUAAUGGUCGCCUCAUCGCGGUCGUCUACAAAGAAUUGCCUCAAGAAUAUUGAGUGGGUUGAAGGUGAUGCUCUUGACUUACCAUUUGCUGAUGAUUGGUUUGAUGCAAUCACUAUGGGAUAUGGUCUUCGAAACGUUGUUAAUAAGCAAAAAGCCAUGCAGGAAAUUUUACGUGUGCUGAAGCCCGGUUCCACAGUGUCAAUCCUUGACUUUAAUAAAAGCAAUGAGCCACUAGCUUCUUCAAUUACGGAGUUGAUGAUUGACAAUAUUGUUGUCCCUGUAGCCUCUGUUUAUGGUCUUUCAGAAGAAUACAGAUAUCUCAAGAGUUCAAUAAGAGAAUUCUUAACAGGGCAGGAAUUGGAGAAACUUGCUUUAGAAGUAGGAUUUUCUACCGCCCAACAUUAUGAGAUCGGCGGAGGUCUCAUGGGCUGCUUGGUAGCUAAAAAUUAGAUGAGAUUUAGGAAUCAUCUUAUGUAACAAAAGAUUCCAACCUCCCCCUCUUUUUUCUGGUGUGGACUAUAUUCAGGAUGUAUAAAUAUAAACUCUUCUGUUAAUUCAAAUGAACUAUUAACAAUCUAACCUCAGUUCUCUUAUUGCCUAA